AAUGCUGAAAAUGGGACUACUAGGAGGAGAAGGAAGAGAGUUUCAAGGGGGAAUCAACCAAAUAACUCUGCAGUCAAUUUGAUGGAGACGCAGGAUGAAAGUGUAACCGCAAACAGUACAUUAUGUACAACUUCCGUUGCUAGCCAUAACCAGCCAGAUGAGUCCGGAUGCAUGUCUAGACAACCUCCUGAUGUCUUACCUGCAUAUAGCACAGUGAAUUCCUCUGAGGUUGAUCCUCUUGGAUUAUCUAUUGGGCACAACAUUGAUACUGGUGAAAAUGGCAAUGUUAGUGAGACAAUACCAGGAACAUCAAGGUGCUCAAUGAAUAUUGCCAAAGACAUGAAUCAAUCUAGUCUAACAGACUCAAAGGUGAGUGAAUGUUUCGACGAAGAUGUCCCUCUUAUAUCUUGGAUGAGGUCUCUGGCUGUAGCAGCUAAAAGUAAGAGGUCAAGCAACAAGUCGUCAAGUGAACCUGGCUAAUUAAACCAGAAAGAAGUCCUAUCGUGACACUGAAUCAGUUCGCAGAGGAAAAACGGGGUUUCCAAAGGAAAAGAUCUUCCAAUGAAUCCAUAAAGAAUGGUGCUGUUGUAUGGGGGCGAUAGUAUGCUCUGCGGAAAAGAAUAAUUAGUCCUGUUAUUGGGUUCGUAAGCAGAAGGUCGUACAUGAUCAGUUAGCAGAAGGAAACAAUAUAGUACAGCUUCGACAUAGAGCUCAUAAUCUGAUGGACUACUGUGUACUGAUGAUGCUUGAUUUUCUCAGUGGAGAUACUAAUGAAGUGAUUGAGUGGGAGAUAUAAGGGCCAGCAAAGGUGAAAAGUCUUGGGAGCUUCAAAAUUCAAAUAUGCUGUUGAGCUGCCUGAAGAAAAAUGGCGUCCUUAAGUUGUUCUUCAUUGCUUCCACAAUUUGAACCUCCUCUCCAUUCUCAGAUUGAUAGGUAGAGUCCAUAAAUUGUUUUCUUCUUCCUGCUUUUAGUUGCAUUCUCGCUUCGAGCUGAUGGGUGCUCGUAAAUUGCAUUGCAGCUGCUUGAUUUUGGGUUUUGCGUUGAAGUGUGUCGGAACUCUUGUAUAUUGAGAACCAUAUCCGAGAGAGAUGAACUGAAAACUACUAUAUAGAGGUUCAUUGUUUGUAAACAGUUUUUUUUAAUUUAAAUUUUGAUCUUCAAGGAUAAUUGUAUAUAUUCCUGGAUUUCACAUUUAAAAGGGGGAAAAAAUGAAAAUUGAUAGUUUCUAC